AUGAAACAUCCAACGAGUGGUAUCAAAAUGAAACUUCCAACAUCCAAACAAUCAGAAGGAAACAGUCCAAAGGAAACAAAGGUAGCACCAGAAAGAAACAUCCAGAGCGUUCGACUCACACAGGUGAAAAGCGGUUCAAAUGCAAAACAUGCGGAAAGGGUUUUGCUAAGCCAUCGGAUAUGA